UCGUGUGGGAUAACCUCGCGAGACUGUGAUUCAAAGCGCGCACGAACAUUGUAAUUUUUCCGACGGGUCUUUAAAAGUAUCACUAAAUGGGAACCACCUGUCUGUACAAAUAGCGGCAGAGAGGAGGAAUUAGUACAAAUUUUUAUGCUAAUCUCACAAAAUGAAACAAGUACUAUAAUUUUUGGCUUUUUCGAGUUGCAAUAGGAGUUUGUUCGCUGGUCCUAGAAAACAUCCUAACAGCAAUGAUACCUUUUUUCAAAGUGUCGGACAACAACGAGAUUUAAAAACAAACUCAAGGUGUCAUCAUCAGGACAGACGAAUAGCUAGCGUUAGUAGUUGACCUCUGAAAGUUAUCCUUAAAUUCAGCAAUGCAGGAGAUAAUGAAGCGUGUGAGCCAGCAGCAGGCCAGUCAGCUGCUCCACAACAAGUUCAUUGUGGUGCUGGGAGACUCCAGUGAGUAAUCACUUCAGGUCACUUUCUCAUUUUCGAUUCAGCGGUCUGUGUAUAAAGACCUUGUUCUGCUGUUGCAGAAGGAGAAAUAUCUUAAUGUACAUCAACUCAAAAGCAAGGGUGAGAUGAGCUUCGAACAGGACAGCCUGGUGGAAGGCGGUUGUCUAGGUCAUAUGCACAACGGAACGGAGUACCGGGAGGUUCGUCAGUUCCAGUCCGCCCACCACCUUGUCCGCUUCUACUUUGUGACGCGAAUCUACUCUCGCUACAUGCAGAGCAUCCUGGAAGACUUUCGCCGCGGCUUGACACCAGAUAUAGUCAUUGUCAACUCCUGUGUUUGGGAUAUUUCAAGAUACUCUUCCAAUUGGAUUGAUGUCUACAAGGAGAACCUGCAUAAGUUCUUUGUCGAGCUCAAUGGGAUUCUGCCUGAGGAGACCCUGGUCAUAUGGAACCUCACCAUGCCCUUAGCAGAGAGGAUUAAAGGUGGUUUCCUGGUGCCUGAGAUUGAGCACAAGGCUCCCCAGCUGCGUCACGACGUGAUUGAAGCCAACUUCUACAGCGGGAAUCUGGCUGACUCUUACGGGAUAGAUGUGUUAGACCUUCACUUCCAGUUCCGCUUCUCCUUGCGCCAUCGCACCAAGGAUGGAGUCCACUGGAACGCCCUCGCCCACCGCCGGAUAACCUCUCUGCUGUUACAGCACACUGCACAGGCCUGGGGUGUCAUCAUGCCCUGUCCAGUGACUGUUGAGUAUGCUGAAGUCGCUGAUAAGCAACCACCUCACAGACAUGCUGCUAAACAUGCAGGAGGAUGUCGCAUGGAGAGCGUGUCCAACUAUGUCCACCCUCGUGUUACCAGCUGCUGGUCCAACAAAGAACACCCAUCAAGGGGAUAUUACAACGGCUACAGCGAGGAGUUCGUCAGUGAUUCCCUCUGUUCUGGCUACUUGGACUUCGAUGAGGACAACCGGAAGUCACGAAAAUAUCACCGUAAGGCUGCUAGACCUAGCGGACCUGCUCUCCCACCACUGCUUCACCUGCCAUACCACAGACAUAAACAUGCAUACGGAUGGGUUGGAAAUGAUUUCAACUACAGGCCUCCCCACCACUUUGAGCCCUACAAAGAGCGCCAUCAUUACGAUGUGAUGAGGAGCCGUCACACCAGACACCACUACGCUCCAUACACCCAUCACAGACCCAGUCAGUACGAGCGUCAUGGCCGCUACUACUGAAGCGCAGGGUGUUGUGCAAGAAUUUUCACAUGGUCAGAGUCCACUUAUUGUGUACAUCUGCGGUACAUUGUGUUCAUAGCAGUUGUCUAUGUUCAAACAGACUUGUAAUCAGCAGGUUAACUUUUUAGUUGUUUGAACUUUCUAGUUUUGAAUCUGUUCUUUGAUACUAAAAAAAAAAGAAAAAAAAAGUAAAUAUUUUUGAUUUCAAAGCUUUUAUAAUCCUGCGCUUUAAAUAUGUCAGGUACCGUGUUCUAUUAAAGUUGAUACUAAGAUUUCAA